AAAACAUGUCUGGCUAGGACAUUCCUAGCAAUGCUGUCUCUGAAAUAUCAUUACGCCAAUAAUUAGGAUCUGCCAGUCAUUCAUGAGGCUCAUUGGGAUUAAAUUAGCUCUACAGUCAGCAAGGGAGAAACUUCUGACAAAUUAAGUUGUUCUUAUUGCUCUGAAAGCACUAAAUGAGUGACAGUGUGCCGCAACUACAGAAAGAUGAACAACACUCUGCAAGACAGAAACAUGUUCACAGUACAAGCAGACGUUAUAUUUCACGCUGCAAACCCUGACUCUCCAGAACCACCUAUCCCCGCUGAAGGGAACAACAACAACAAUGUCCCAUCUAUGGGGAAAAUGGGUAUCCCCAGCAUGGAAAUACUGCAGGAUCUCCAGGGUACUUGGAAUACGUCUGAAUCAGGUGGUUUGACUGACAACAGGAGUUUGGGACACUACGGUGCUAUAACAGGUGCCGAAUACGCACAAGACGCUGUAUCUAGUGACAGUGGAUUUCAAGAGCACAUUCAGUCUUUGGACUCAAGAAGAGCACAAAAUCUAGACCUCAGUUUGAGAAAUAUGAGUCAAGCUUCAAGUCAAGGAAUUAUUAGAGAAGAAAUGAAUGGAACAAAGGUAUCUUGCAGUUUGGCACCCUCGCUGUGCUUCAGACCAGAGAACAAGGAGGAAAUUGACAAAUUAUCCAAUGCCCUAAGAGAUGGGGAGGUUGUUCGGAGUCAGUUUGACAUUAAAAAUGUCUCCUUCACAGAGGACAGAAAUCAUUCCCAUUCAAGCUCCCAGGAAACGAGGUCACUUGAGAAAACCCUGGGAUGCUUUAUAAGUUCCUCUGAAGGAGCAGAUCAGACCCGCUACAGAACAUCAUUUGGACAGACUGGGCUGGAAUCAAGCCAAGGGCUAAAGCAGAGUGGAUCUGCAGUAAGAGAAGCUCUCUCGGCAAAAGAAGAGCCGAAUUUAGUCAUAGAGGUGGGCGGACAGAAAAUACAAGCACACAAAUCAGUAUUAGCUGAGAAAAGUGAUUAUUUUAAAGCCAGGCUUUCUAGAGACAUCCUGAAGGUAAAAGGAAUGAGCUACAAGACUUUAUUGGUGCUUGUAGAUUAUGUUUACACCUCUCAGAUGAACGUAAGCAAAGACGAUGUUGUGGAUGUCAUCACAGGAGCAAAGAUCCUGCAGAUGCCCUGUGCGGUACAGGCUGCUAUUGAUACCAUAUCCACACAGAUCACACCUGAGAACUGCUAUGAAAUCUUAACUAUAGCCAAAAAGCAGCGACUAAAUGAACUGAAAGAAACUGCCUAUCGAUUCAUGAGCGACAACUAUCUCAAGGUCCUGAGAGAUCCAGCGGUCUACGGGCGCCUCACAGGCUCAGAGAGAGAUCUCAUCCUGCGCAAACGGAUGGAGAGCCGCAAGUGCCUGAUGGUGGCCGAACUUAACGAUGUGUUUGAACGUGUAGGAAGUAGACCGCCCAGCAGAAACAGCAGCCGUCCCCAGAGUCCUCUCUCCAUCACGUCUUUUGAGGACAAUCACAUGAUCUACUACUACAACACGAGCAGUAAGGACUGGCACACCCUGACCGUCAUGCCGGACGACAUCAACACCAGGGGCUGUGGUAUCUGUACCUUGUACAACUACUUGUUUGUGGCCGGCGGGAUCAGGGGAACUGGGGAGAAAAGCAAAGUCUCAGACAAAGUGUUCUGCUACAAUCCCAUCACAGACCACUGGAGCGAAGUCCGACCCAUGAACCAAGCACGAUCGCAACUCAAGCUUGUCUCCAUGGAUGGGAACCUGUACGCCAUUGGCGGUGAAUGUCUUUUCACGGUGGAGAAGUAUGACCCUCGAAUGGACCGCUGGACGGCGGUGGCUCCUCUACCUAAAGGGGCAUUUGCGGUGGCUCACGAAGCCACUACGUGUAACGGUGAGCUGUAUGUAUCGGGAGGCUCUCUUUUCUAUCGGUUGCUGAAAUAUGACCCCAAGAGAGACGAAUGGCAGGAGUGUCCGUACAACAACAGCAGGAAAAAAUCCACAGACAUGGUGGCUCUCAAGAGCUUCAUCUACCGAUUCGACGUUAACCGCGAACAGGGCAUCAGUGUCUUUAAGUACAACACCAUCGUGAAGAUGUGGCAUGACUGUGCCUCCCAGCAGCAGGGCUGCAUGCUGCCAUUUCGAUGCGCUGUCAUCGAUAAUUGCAUCUACUGUGUGAAUAAAUCUCAGACUCUUCAGUUUGUUGUGGAAGAGGAUGGAGGUCGAUUCAAAGACGAGUCUCUAAAAGCACCUGUGGAGGCCAAAGGGAUCUUAUUCCCUUUCAUUCUCAGUUUGCCUGAGAGAGGUGGAAGAAUUGCAUGAGUAGGAUAUUUCAUCCCUCUGAUGACCCUUCGGAGUCGCUUGAGAAAGAGAAUGCCUGGUCAAUAUUUAUAGAUUAAACAUCGUCUCCAGAGAAGUUCAAGGAGCCAGCACGUAGUGCUUGAAACUGGAAUGUGUUUCUUUGCAUGGUAAGAAAAACAAAUGUAUGUUUGGCGCCUUAAAAUCAUAGCCCCAGUCCAACUUUGGGAGACGAAGAAAGUCGUACAUUUUUAGCUCAUUUGUGCAGUCUUAUCCUUCAUUUGUUUUGUGCAAUUUGUAUCGGAUAGUAAUGUAGGAUGAACUUUGCCACAGGAAUUUGCAAAAAAAAAACUAAAACAUCCAUUUGUAUAAAGGCUAGUUGAUACUGCACCAACAGAUGCUGACCAAUGCCAACAAUCACCAGACAUUCCGCAACCUGACACACUCCAGUUAAACCUACUAAAAAACCGACUAAACCCAACAAAUGUUUCUGUUGCUGUUGGUCGACGUCUAUCGAAUAGUGUGAAUUAGCCUUAAGAUGGCAAUGAAUAGCACAAUUAAACAACUGAAGCACAUUGUGUAAUAAUGCGACCCUGUUUCCUACCAACAGGUUCUAUGCAAAUAAAAACCUGUAUAUAAAAUACAAAAAAAAAAAAACAUUUUUGAACCACAUAAAAAAAGCUCUUAAUUAUAGAACUUUGCUACAGCCAGGGUCAA